UACCAAAGAAAAAAAAUGGUUAAAAAAAAAAAAAAAAAAAAAAAAACCAGCGCCAGCUUCCUGCCCAGCCCCGGGGGCCCUGGCCCGCUCCCAGGUGGGGGGCCCCGUGGCGGGAACAGUGUCUCCCCAGGCUCUGCUGAGGACCUCUGCCAGCAAACUGCCUCUCCAACCCGCACCGGCAGGUCCCUCAGCUGCCUCCCCAGUUAUGUAAGCAUCACACAGGUGGGCAGCUGGGGCUCCGUGCCAUGUGGGUCAGAGGUAUCCAGGGCCACACCUCACCUGCAGCCCCAGGGCGGGCUGGGCGGGUCCCCACGCACGCCCAGCCCCACUGCCUCAUCACCCAGAACCCCGGGCACAGCGGCCGCGGGCUCCCAUUCGCACCAUGCAUUAGCCGCGGGAGCAGAGGGGGUGCGAGCCCUGUGCCUGCCGCCGUGCCCGGGAGGAAGGUUCUUAACCAGACUGCUGCCGGGUGGGCCCAAGUGUGUUUGCAAACUUAGUUUGAAUCUGCAGUACCAGCAAGGAGUAAGGCCGAAUGUCAGAAGCAGCUCCCUGACUGACAGGCAGACGCUGACCAAGGAGUCCCUGAGCCACACGCUCGAGCCCCUGGCCCAGGAGAAGGCCAACGAUGUGCAGGUGGACGGCCCAGAGGAGGCGCUCUGGACCACUCGGGCCGACGGGCGCGUGCGCCUGCGCAUGGACCCCGGCUGCUCGCAGCUCCCGUACACCGUGCACCGGAUGUUCUAUGAGGCGCUGGACAAGUACGGGGACCUCAGCGCCCUGGGCUUCAAGCGCCAGGACAAGUGGGAGCACGUCACCUACUUCCAGUACUACCUGAUCGCCCGCAAGGCUGCCAAGAGCUUCCUAAAGCUCGGCCUGGAGCGAGCCCACAGCGUGGCCAUCCUCGGCUUCAACUCCCCGGAGUGGUUCUUCGCGGCGGUGGGCACUGUAUUUGCGGGCGGCAUCGUCACCGGCAUCUACACCACCAGCUCCCCGGAGGCCUGUCAGUACAUCGCCCGGGACAGCCGCGCCAACGUCAUCGUGGUGGACACGCAGAAGCAGCUGGAAAAGAUUCUGAAGAUCUGGAAGAAUCUACCGCAUCUGAAGGCCGUGGUGAUGUACCGGGAACCCCCUCCUAAGCCGAUGGCCAACGUGUACACGAUGGAGGAGUUCAUGGAGCUGGGAGAGGACGUGCCCGAGGAGGCCCUGGACGCCAUCAUCGCUGCCCAGCAACCCAACCAGUGCUGCGCGCUGGUCUACACCUCGGGCACCACUGGCAACCCCAAGGGCGUGAUGCUGAGCCAAGACAACAUCACGUGGACAGCCCGCUACGGCAGCCAGGCAGGCGACAUCCAGCCCGCGGAGGUCCAGCAGGAGGUGGUGGUCAGCUAUCUGCCCCUCAGCCACAUUGCCGCCCAGAUCUACGACCUGUGGACGGGCAUCCAGUGGGGGGCACAGGUCUGCUUCGCCGAGCCCGACGCCCUGAAGGGCAGCCUGGUGAACACCCUGCGCGAGGUGGAGCCCACGUCCCACAUGGGGGUGCCGCGGGUGUGGGAGAAGAUCAUGGAGCGCAUCCAGGAGGUGGCGGCUCAGUCUGGCUUCAUCCGGCGCAAGAUGCUUCUGUGGGCCAUGUCGGUGACCUUGGAGCAGAACCUCACCUGCCCUCACAGCGACCUGAAGCCCUUCACGAGCAGGCUGGCGGAUUACCUGGUGCUGGCCAAGGUGCGCCAGGCGCUGGGCUUCGCCAAGUGCCAGAAGAGCUUCUACGGGGCGGCCCCCAUGACGGCGGAGACACAGCACUUCUUCUUGGGCCUCAACAUCCGGUUGUACGCGGGCUACGGCCUCAGCGAGACCACGGGCCCCCACUUCAUGUCCAGCCCCUACAACUACCGGCUCUACAGCUCGGGCAAGGUGGUGCCAGGCUGCCGGGUGAAACUGGUGGGCGAGGACGCCGAGGGCAUCGGCGAGAUCUGCCUGUGGGGCCGCACCAUCUUCAUGGGCUACCUGAACAUGGAGGACAAGACGAGCGAGGCCAUCGACGCCGAGGGCUGGCUGCACACGGGCGACGCCGGCCGCCUGGACGCCGACGGCUUCCUCUACAUCACCGGGCGCCUGAAAGAGCUGAUCAUCACGGCCGGCGGGGAGAAUGUGCCCCCGGUGCCCAUCGAGGAGGCGGUGAAGACGGAGGUGCCGAUCAUCAGCAACGCCAUGCUCGUCGGGGACCAGAGGAAGUUCCUGUCUAUGCUGCUCACCUUGAAGUGCACUCUGGACCCGGACACCUCGGACCCCACGGAUAACCUGAGCGAACAAGCCUUGGAGUUCUGCCAGAGGGUGGGCAGCCGGGCCACCACGGUGUCGGAGAUCGUGGGGCGGCGGGACCAGGCCGUGUACCAGGCCAUAGAGGAGGGCAUCCAGAGAGUGAACAGCAACGCGGCCGCCCGGCCCUACCACAUCCAGAAGUGGGCCAUCCUCGAGCGGGACUUCUCCAUCUCGGGUGGAGAGCUGGGUCCCACGAUGAAACUGAAGAGGCUCACAGUCCUGGAGAAGUACAAGGACAUCAUCGAUUCCUUUUACCAAGAGCAAAGAAAGUAGCCGGGGCCCGGGGUUCCGGCUCCUGCUGCGUAGGUCCAUGGCGGCAGGCCUUUUGAGCCAAUUCCUGAGCUCCGGCUCCCUUCAGUCUGGGCCCAGAGCUUCCGGCAGGUCUGCCUGGCGUCCUGGUGGGGGCGUGGCACAGCCGGGUCCACGCCGACAGCUGACAAUCUUCGUGUGUGGAUAGUUUCAGUACUGCUUUUGGUUCAGGUGACAAAUGAGAUCAGCUUCCCUUCCAGAAGUGAAGGGCCCGUCAUUUGGGGCCUUCGUCCCGGGUAGAUUUAACGAGCUGCUAGCGCCCCUAACAGCCGGACCCCUGGUGGGCUGCGGUGGGCGGGGCCUGGGGAGAGCAGUCCCUGCUCAGCUGUGCACUGGCUGCCUGGGAGCCCACCCCUCCGCCUCACCAGCCGGCUUGAUGCGUAACAAAGCUAUUUGAUUAUAUUUAAUGUGUCAUUUGAAUAUUAAACCUUUUAACACAACUGUC